AUGACAUUUGAAGAAGCAGAACCGAAUCCAACCCCGGCACAUAUCUUGGAUUGGCCUGAAUAUUCAGUAUCAUUCCUUACAUCUUUCGUGGAUAAUCCGUACAACACGGGCGACGUCAAUAGCUACCAAUGGUGGGAUCAGAAUCAAGAUAUAGGUCAAGAUCUGAUUAACAUAAGCGAUACUGCAACGUCGAUCAAUAGCCCCACAAUUGCUAUUGCUGCUGCUGCUGCUGCAAAUACUAACAACAAUGGCCUGAUACAGUCUAAUUCCACCAUUCCUAAUCCUCCCUUGCCAUCCAAUUUAUCCAAGAGAAGGAAACCCUCUGAUGACCUGGUUCCAAGGAUAUCUCAGAAUCAUCAACACGAGGAAUCGGAGCAGUAA